AUGGCACCAAAGAAGGACGCUAAGAAGGCCGAGCCCGCAAAGAAGGCUGAACCUGCACCUGCACCUGCACCUGCACCUGCCCCCGAACCAGCCCCUGCUCCUGCCCCUGCUGGAGUCGAUCUGGCUGCAGUCAAGGUGGAGUUCACUCCAGACCAGUUGGAGGACUACAAGGAGGCCUUUGGUCUGUUUGACAGAGUAGGUGAUAACAAGGUGGCCUAUAACCAGAUUGCUGACAUUAUGCGUGCUCUGGGACAAAACCCCACCAACAAAGAGGUGAAAAAGAUUCUGGGUAACCCCUCUGCCGAUGAUAUGGCCAAUAAGAGAGUUGAAUUUGAGGCCUUCCUGCCAAUGCUGCAGUUCGUGGUCAACAGCCCAAACAAGGCAAGCUUUGAGGACUACGUUGAGGGUCUGCGUGUCUUUGACAAGGAGGGCAAUGGCACAGUUAUGGGUGCCGAGCUACGUAUUGUCCUGUCCACACUGGGUGAGAAGAUGACAGAGGCUGAGAUUGAUGCUCUUAUGGUCGGACAGGAAGACGAGAACGGAUGUGUGAACUAUGAGGCUUUCGUCAAGCACAUUCUGUCUGUGUAA